AUGGAACACUCAACUUGCGCCACGUUGUCAUCAUCUCCUCCAUUGAGAAUCGAAUACCGUAAACCCGAAUCGGUUCAGGAGGAUAAAUGUUCGAAUCGAUUUCCGGUUUCAAGUGUAGGGGCUGCUUCAGCAAAGGUAGCUGUUGGGUCGCAUGUCUGGGUGGAAGAUACUGAUGAAGCCUGGAUUGAUGGAGAAGUAGUUGAAUCUGACGGUGAAGAGAUCAAAGUCCAUUGCCAAUCCAAGAUGGUUGUGGCAAAGGUUAAUUCUGUCUACCCCAAGGAUCCUGAGUUUCCUGAACUUGGCGUCGACGACAUGACAAAGCUUGCGUAUUUGCAUGAACCAGGGCUUCUUCUCAAUCUUAAAUCCAGAUUCAAUGCUAAUGAAAUAUAUACAUACACCGGGAAUAUAUUGAUAGCUGUUAACCCCUUUAAAAGAUUACCCCACCUAUAUGGAAAUGACAUAAUGGAGCAAUAUAAGGGCACAGAUUUUGGCGAGCUAAGCCCGCAUCCUUUUGCAGUUGCUGAUUCUGCAUAUAGAAAAAUGAUCAAUGAGGGAGUAAGCCAGGCGAUCUUGGUGAGUGGAGAAAGCGGUGCUGGGAAGACAGAGAGCACAAAGAUGCUCAUGCAAUAUCUUGCAUACAUGGGUGGAAAAGCUGAGAGUGAAGGACGAUCUGUAGAACAGCAAGUUUUGGAGUCAAACCCAGUUUUAGAAGCUUUUGGUAAUGCAAAAACCGUCAGAAACAAUAAUUCAAGUCGUUUUGGUAAAUUUGUGGAGAUUCAUUUCAAUCAUAUGGGAAGAAUCUCAGGAGCUGCUAUUAGAACAUAUUUGCUGGAGAGGUCACGAGUUUGUCAAGUUUCUGAUCCUGAGAGAAACUAUCAUUGCUUUUACAUGCUUUGCGCUGCGCCAGAACAGGAAACUGAGCGGUAUAAGUUAGGGAAACCAGACACAUUUCACUACCUAAAUCAAUCGAAUUGCUAUGCGUUGGAUGCACUUGAUGAUUCCAAGGAAUACCUAGCAACAAGGAAAGCUAUGGACGUUGUUGGGAUUAGUCCUGAAGAACAGGAUGCAAUCUUCCGCAUAGUUGCUGCCAUCCUUCAUCUAGGAAACAUAGAGUUUGCUAAGGGUGAAGAGUCAGAUGCUGCAGAACCUAAGGACGAUAAAUCCCGCUUCCAUCUAAAAGUGGCUGCAGAACUUUUCAUGUGUGAUGAGAAAGCUCUAGAGAGCUCCUUAUGCCAAAGGGUGAUGGUGACUCGUGGUGAAAGCAUUACAAAGCCUCUUGAUCCCGGUAGUGCAGCACUAAGCAGAGAUGCUCUUGCCAAGAUUGUCUAUUCUAAAUUGUUUGAUUGGCUUGUGACUAAGAUCAAUAACUCCAUUGGCCAAGACCCAAGUUCUAAAUACAUAAUUGGAGUCCUGGAUAUUUAUGGAUUCGAGAGUUUCAAGACAAACAGUUUUGAACAGUUUUGUAUAAACCUGACAAACGAGAAGCUGCAGCAGCAUUUUAACCAGCAUGUGUUCAAGAUGGAGCAAGAAGAAUAUACUAAAGAAGAGAUUGACUGGAGUUACAUAGAGUUCAUUGAUAAUCAGGAUGUCCUUGAUCUUAUAGAGAAGGUCACCUAUCAGACUGAGUUGUUUUUGGACAAGAACAAAGAUUAUGUUGUUGGAGAACAUCAAUCUCUCAUGAACUCUUCAGAUUGUUCCUUUGUCUCAUCGUUGUUCCCAAAACCGCGAGAGGAAUCCUCCAAAACAUCAAAGUUCUCAUCGAUAGGCUCUCAGUUCAAGCAACAACUACAAUCUCUGCUUGAGACGUUGAACACCACUGAGCCACACUAUAUACGUUGUGUUAAACCAAACAACGUUCUUAAGCCAGAAAUUUUUGAGAACGCUAAUGUUCUACAUCAACUUAGGUGUGGGGGUGUCAUGGAAGCCAUUAGGAUUAGUUGUGCUGGAUAUCCUACUAGGAAGCCUUUCAAUGAAUUUUUAACCAGGUUCCGGAUUUUGGCUCCAGAGGCUACGGCUAGAAGCUUUGACGAAGUCGACGCUUGCAAAAAGCUACUAGCAAAAGUUGACCUUAAAGGUUUUCAGAUAGGGAAGACAAAGGUGUUUCUUAGGGCAGGUCAGAUGGCAGAAUUGGAUGCUCACCGAGCGGAAGUUCUUGGCUAUUCAGCAAGGAUUAUACAGAGGAAAGUCCGUACGUAUCAAUCUCGCAAAAAAUAUCUGCUGUUGCAGUCCGCUUCAACUGAAAUCCAAGCCUUUUGUAGAGGACGUAUUGCACGCGUUCAGUUUGAGGACAAGAGAAAAGAAGCUGCUUCUGUGAGAAUUCAGAAGCAGGCGCGGACAUAUAUAUGUCAGACAGCCUUUAAAAAGUUGUGUGUUUCAGCUAUUUCUAUUCAGACUGGGUUGCGUGCAAUGGAUGCUCGAGUUGAAUUUCGAUACAGGAAGAAGAGACAAGCGGCAAUCAUUAUUCAAGCAAGUUUCAAAACCUCUUGUUGA